CUGACGCAUAAAUGUACUAAUCCCCUGCCACACUCAUCGAGGACUGUGCCUUCAGGAUUUAGAGCUCAGUUUUCGAAGAAUUAUGGCGUUAACUUUCAGGGCGUCAUGUCAAGGUUUUUGGAAGAUUAUGUCGUUGCUAUUAGCAACCCCCUGUCGUCGCUUAAGAAGGCUGACUUCAGCACUGAUACCUUGCCGCGAGAGCCUCGCCCGAACUUCUUCCAGUCACUGAUGAUCCGUCAAAUCGCUGCCUUAGCCGUCUUCGUGUGCAUUGCCUCGGCUGCCCCGUUCACCAGCCUCGAGGAUAUUCCUGCUGAGUACAGAGAGCUUAUCCCCAAAGAAGCCAAGGAUUUCCUCGGCGGUCUCACCGAUUCCGACAAGGCCGUACUUAAGGAGAUCGCUAAGGACUAUGCCAAGUACAAGAACGAAGAUGAGGCUCUCGCCGCCCUGAAGGAGAAAUCACCCGAACUUGGUGCUAAAGCCGAAAAACUUCACGAGAUGGUCAAGGGAAAGAUCGAGGCGCUCAAUGACGAGGCCAAGGCUUUCGCCAAGGAAAUCAUCGCCGGUGCCCGCAAGAUCCAAGCUGCCGUUGUCGCCGGUAACAAGCCCAACCUAGCUGAGCUGAAGGAGAAAGCCCAGAAGGCUAUCGAGAAGUACAAGGCCCUGUCCGAGCCGGCCAAGGAGGAUCUUCAGAGCAUUCCCAUCACUGACUUCCGUCUUCAAGAACGAGAAGUUCCAGAAGAUGGCCGAAACGUUGCUGGCCAAGAACUAGGCGCUGAAUUC